GUGACUGCAAAUCAGAGGAGGUGCGCGUGUGUGCGCGCGCGUCUUUAGUUAGCUUAGCCACACUAGCGCGUCUCCACCAGCUGCACUCGCCCUCAGCGGUUCCACUCAGUGCGCCAUGGCGGAGGGAGGUGGACCCGAGCCGGGCAACGCCGCAGAGCCUGUCGCGGAGCCCGUGCCUGCCCAAACCCCGCUACCUUCAAUCGAUAGUCAAAAGCAGACCAUCGGAACUCUUCUGAAAACUACACUCCGAAAAGGAGACGAGUGGUUUUUGAUUGACAGCCGAUGGUUCAAACAGUGGAAAAAAUAUGUGGGUUUUGAUAGCUGGGAUUUGUACAAUGUCGGAGAACACAACUUGUAUCCUGGACCCAUCGACAACUCUGGGCUUUUUUCAGACCAGGAAACCCAAGCGCUGAAGGAACAUCUCAUAGAUGAGUUAGAUUAUGUCCUAGUGCCUACAGAAGCAUGGAGUAACCUCGUCAGCUGGUACGGAUGUCUAGAAGGACAGCAGCCCAUCGUCAGGAAGGUCGUUGAGCAUGGCAUGUUUGUGAAGCAUUGUAAAGUGGAAGUCUAUCUGCUGGAGCUAAACCUGUGCGAGAAUGACAACAUGGAAAAUGUGGUCACUCGCCAUUUCAGCAAAGCUGAUACUAUAGAUACCAUUGAGAAAGAGAUGAGAACUCUCUUCAAUAUCCCAUCAGAAAAGGAGACUCGGUUGUGGAACAAGUACAUGAGUAACACUUAUGAGCAGUUAAACAAGCCGGACAGCACAGUGCAGGAUGCCGGGCUUUUUCAGGGCCAGGUACUUGUGAUUGAGAGAAAGAAUGAAGAUGGGACGUGGCCCAGACAAGCCUCUCAUACCAAGUCCAGUACAGCCACCUCAAGGACUUUCACAACAUCACCAAAGCUGUCCUCCAAUUCCUCUGCCACUAUUUCUUCCACAGUGACCAAUGGAGACAGCAGCAGCAACUCGAGCUACAUGCUGAACAACAGCACAUCUGGAGGAAUCAGAUUGGGAGGAUACAGCUCGUACAGCUCAUCCUACAGUUAUAGAGAAUCUGCCUCUCAGCCUGGCCUGUGUGGACUCAGCAAUUUGGGCAACACCUGCUUUAUGAACUCUGCACUCCAGUGUCUGAGCAAUUUGCCCCCACUGACAGAAUAUUUUCUGGAGGACCAGUAUGAAGCUGAGAUCAACCGAGAAAAUCUCUUAGGAAUGCGAGGGGAGAUCGCAGAGGCCUUUGCAGACUUGAUCAAACAGAUGUGGCUCAGCAGGAGCAGCUAUGUGGCUCCCCGCACUUUUAAAACACAGGUUGGACGUUUUGCCCCACAGUUCUCAGGGUACCAGCAGCAGGACUCUCAGGAGCUUCUGGCCUUCUUGCUUGACGGCCUACACGAAGAUCUGAACCGUGUCAAAAAGAAACCUUACUUGGCCUUGAGAGAUGCAGAGGGCAGACCAGAUGAGAUUGUGGCUAAAGAGGCAUGGAAGAACCAUCGGCUACGUAAUGAUUCCAUCAUAGUGGAUAUCUUCCAUGGCCUGUUCAAGUCCACACUGGUCUGCCCUGAUUGUGCCAAAGUGUCUGUGACUUUUGACCCUUUCUGCUACCUCACACUACCACUGCCCAUGAAGAAAGAUCGCACCAUGGAAGUGUUCCUGGUCCGCAGCGACCCUCAGUCCAGACCCAUGCAAUUUCGUCUGGUGGUCCCUAAACUAGGUACAGUAACAGACUUGUGCAGUGCAUUGGCCAAGCUGUCUGGAGUUCCUGCAGAGAAUAUGGUUGUAGCUGAUGUUUACAAUCACAGAUUCCAUAAAAUUUACAGAAAGGAUGAAGGUCUCAACCAAAUUAUGGAAAAAGAUGACAUCUUUAUCUAUGAGGUGAUUGAGGAGGACAGUGAACGGAUGAAUCUGCCAGUAUACUUCAGGGAGAGAGAUGUAAAGCACAGCGGAGGCUCCUCGUGCACCAUGCUUUUUGGGCAGCCAUUUUUUAUCACUGUUCCUCGCCACAACCUUACCCCAGACACACUGUAUGAGUGUGUAAUGGAAAGGAUUAGCCGUUAUGUGAAACACUCACAGGGUACCAUGAUAGAGAGCAGAGUGUUUGCUACAGCUACGUCCUCUAGCAGCCAAUCAGACAGUGGAGAUUUAGGGUCUAGCCACAAUGCAGGGCUAAGUGGCUGUAGCGGCGCAAUAUCCAACGCGGCAUCUGGCACUGCUUGUUCUACCACGGGCAGCAACCACUCGAACACAUCCAAUGGGCCCAACGAAGUGUGUGAUGGUGAGGUGGAGGCUAUGGACCACCAGGUGAGCCCAGAUCCAGAAAGCAGCCAGUCAGAGACUGUAGAUAAGGAGGACGAGAAAUCUGAUCCUGAUAGUGGACCCGUAACUACUACUGGAAAGACUUGCACUUCCCGGCCAAAACUUUUCUCUUUUAGCAUGGUGAACUCCUAUGGCACGGCUAACAUAAGUCCCUUAGCUGGCAACAUCCUCAAACUCACAUCACAUUCCACAAUAGCCAUUGACUGGGACUCAGAAACCAAAAGACUGUGCUACAAUGACCAGGAGGCAGAGGCUUACGAGAAGCACGAGAGCAUGAUGCAAGCUCAGAAGAAGAAGGCCACAGUGGCUCUGAGGGAAUGCAUUGAACUCUUCACUACCAUGGAGACUCUGGGAGAGCAUGAUCCAUGGUAUUGCCCCACCUGUAAGAAGCACCAGCAGGCUACAAAGAAGUUUGAUCUGUGGUCCCUACCCCGCAUUCUGGUGGUUCAUCUGAAACGUUUCUCCUACAACCGCUGCUGGAGAGACAAACUGGAUACAGUGGUUGAUUUCCCCAUCAGAGAUCUGAACAUGUCUGAAUUUGUCUGCAACCCUACAGCUGAGCCAUAUGUAUAUGACCUUGUUGCUGUCUCCAACCACUAUGGAGGAAUGGGAGGAGGCCACUAUACAGCAUAUGCUAAGAAUAAAGCUGAUAAAAAAUGGUAUUACUUUGAUGACAGCAGUGUUUCCUCUGCCUCUGAGGAUCAGAUAGUGACAAAGGCAGCCUACGUGCUUUUCUACCAGCGGCGAGACGGAGAAGGUGCAUCCAGAUCCACUCCUUCUGCAUCGCUCGGAGGGGCUUCUGACUCUCUGGACGACCACAUGGACACCAACUGACUCUCAUUAGUCAUAAGGCACAGGCACUGAAUUAAAAGCUUCAUGAACAAAUGAUCAUCGAUUCACAUCCCAGGUUUCUCAGCGCUUUGACAUGGAGUUCCAGCGUUUUCGGCUUUUAGUUUCCUACGCUUGCCGAGAAGGAUUAAAAUACAUACACCACAAUGAUGAUAAAUAUGUGAAAAUCUUAGUUUUAAUUGUGACAUGACUUUGUCCCCUGCACUGCUCUUUUGUUUAAAAUAGAAAGAAAAUGAAAAUUCAGACUUGCCUAAAGUGAGAAAUGUUUCAAAAAGUUGUAUAAAAGUAUUGCAAUGAAAGCAGUUUUUUUUGUCACCCAGUGGAAUACAGAAAGAAGCCAAAUGUUUUGUGCUAUAUCAACCAAAGUUGUGUGAGUUGGUGUCAUAUAGGAUUGACCGGGCAAGGGAAACGUAUACAGAAUUAAGACAUUAGGGGAAAUAAAUAAAACAGUCUCAAAUUACAUGCGGAAAGUGUUUAGUUACAUGUGUGCCUCCUGUGAGGAAUAAUGUCGGCUCAGAAAAUACCUUUGUUCACAAAACCUUUAAAGAGGAGGAUUUUCUUAACUGAGACUUUGUCAUGUCUUUAACACACACUUCACUAUAAGGCUUGAAGCCUGGAGUGGAUAGCAUAAGCUAAUCUAUAAAGUUUGAUGAUUACACUGCUGAUUUUUAUUUUUGUGCUGCUCACUGAAAUGUUAGCACUAGCUGCCUUUCUGCCCCAACACUGUUAAAAGGGGGCUCGUGUGAGUGGAUUUAAUUAAUCUAGUGGUACACUUACGUUUCCAGCUUGAUGAAAAGGCACUGAGGUUUCUAUUACAUGCCAUUGUUUGGUUGAGACCACAUUUGCAAUAUUCAGUGCUUCUGAUUGAACUCUUCCACUCUGGUGAAUUUUUAUGUAGGUUUAUUUUGUGUGUGUGUUCUGGGACUUUCUGCAAGCCUCCGAGACACUGCUCGAGAGUGGUGCUAAAUUUAAAAGACUUGAUAAAGGCUGCAGUUCUUGGCAGGUAAUUUUAAGUCGAAGUUCUGUAGAGGCUUUACACAUUCAUUAAAUACGAUAUUACUCUGUUCUACCUGCCACCCUGACCAUUCUCAAGUUCCUUUUUUAUACAUUCUUGGAGAGUGUUCAUGACACAGUUGCUCCAUGUUAAGAAUUUACCAUCAGUAUGCAUCUUUGAUCUUAUGCUUUUCUGUGGAAUAGCAGCAUGCAUGCGUCUUGAAAAUCUGCAAAAUGACAACUUGUUGGUCAGUCCCCAUGUGUUUAUAUCUCUUCAGUCUGACAGGCGGUCAUGAGUACAUGCUUGAUUUCCUGCUACAAUAUUGUACAACAUGGAGCCUAGAAUGAUCACAUACUGGCCAAUGCAUUUUCUACAAUGUCAUGUUGUUCAUUUAAAAAGAUACAUUUUUAGAAAUGUUGCCUAGAUGUAAAUAGUCAUGUACUAUCUGCAAAAUAGGAUAUCUUCUUUGUGUCGAUAUUUAAAAUGGCAAUAUGUGCAAGGAUUUUGAAAACAAUUCAAAAAGACAAUAAAGACUGGAAGUCUAACCA